CCUCACCAAAGAGGUUAUAAGUUCAAUCCACGAUGACUGCUAUGUCCUUUAUCGAAGAUUUCUCAGAUCGAGAAAGACUUGACGACUCCAGUCAGAAUGAAAGCGAUCGGCGUUGAGAAGUACGGUCCUAUUGAUCAUCUCCAGACAAGGGAUAUCCCGAAGCCUUCCGAGCUCCAGCCCCGGGAUUUGUUGGUUCGUGUGAAGGGAGCAUCCGUCAAUCCAGUGGAUACGAAAGUGAGAAACGGAACUUACGAUGACUACCCAGGCAAGCCCAUGUCGGCUAACUACUAUGAUAAUGUCCCCCGACCGUUUCAAAUCACUGGAUACGACGCUGCAGGUGUCGUAGAAGCAGUUGGCUCUGAGUGCUCCUACUUCAAGGUUGGAGAUGAGGUCUUCUAUUCCGGAAGUCCCAUCAGACAAGGUUCCAACGCAGAAUAUCAAUUGGUGGAUGAAAGGAGUGUGGGAUACAAGCCGAAGCGCCUGGACUUCGUCGAAGCCGCCGUCAUGCCUUUGACAUAUAUCACGGCUUACGAAGCGCUAGUUGAGAGGCUGGGAAUCAAGAAAGGCGAGCGAACAGCGAUCUUGAUCAUUAAUGGCGCUGGUGGAGUCGGUGCUGUGGCAAUCCAGAUUGCACGCGUACUGCUCGAAGUACCGGUGGUCAUCACCACAGCCUCGCGACCGGAAACGAUCAGCUUUGCUAAGAAAAUGGGCGCUACGCACGUUGUCAACCACCGCGAGGACGUUUCGAAACAGAUAGCAGAUCUGAACAUUGAUCUACCGUUGAAGUACAUUUUCAUCACACAUUCCACGGACCAGUACAUGGAUACAUGUGCCAAGAUUUGUGCUCCAUUUGGUAAAGUUUGUUCGAUUGUGCAAGGCCAGGCGAAAAUGUAUGGGACCGAGUUCAUGUCCAAAUCACUCACAUUCGUCUGGUGUCUGCUUGGCACGAAGCCGUAUCACAAGGUGGACGUUGAUUCGCACCAUCGCAUCUUGGAGGAACUCUCGGAGUUGAUAGACUCUGGGAAGAUCAGAUGUCAUUUGACCAAGCGCCUGAAGCUCACUCUCGAAGGUGUCAGGAAAGGGCAUGAGCUUCUUGAAUCUGGUGGAAGCAUAGGGAAAGUGGGAUUGGGACUGGAUGAAGCGGGGCCCGGAGAGCCAUUCGCUUGAACCGAUUGGCAUAGAGACAUUGCUACCGUAUGUUGCAGCAGCGUUUGGUAGGUAUAAUAGAAACAGACUGGUUUAAUAAUAUGGAAAGGGUGCUGGAUAGAUUGCUCCCCGCAAAUUCCCCGCCUUAGGCAGGGUCUUUCGCUGGGCGGCAAUGCGGAGAAAUCCAACACUAGUCCUAUAGCCACCUCUUCAGCAUCGAUGCUUGCCG